AUGGAACUUUACUCACCAAAUAUAGCAAACUUUUAUUUUCAACUUUCGAAUUCAUCUUGGGCUUUAUUUUUAGAAGAAAAUGAUACCGUGGCUUAUUUGGGUCUGAUUUCUAGGCAGACUAUUCCCAUUCCCAAUCUUCUGCAAAUUUCAACAUCCGUCAUUAUGCCCAUCUCCUACGACCUUUUGCUACCGGUCAGCAACUCAGAGGGACGUGGCGACACUUCACGCUCAGCUCAAUUUGCGCCUCAUUUUGUAAGGGAAAUCGAAUUACCGUGCAAUGGGAAUGGCCACUCCAACGAGAAUGCCUGUGGCCCUGGAUGA